UAGAAGACAUGAAUGAAAUUGGUUUGCUUUCGCGUUGUUAAAUGUCAAAUGUAUUUUCGUGAGUGAUUUCACAAGCAAUAAAACGAAAGUGGACAAAAAAUAACAACAACAACAAAUGUUAAUAUGUCACUGAUAUCUUAAGAAUAAGUGUUGAUUUUAACACCAGUGUUUAUCAAGUUGUUGUUAGUAGAAAGCCUAAGGAACUUUACAAUGGUGAACACAACAUUGACUAUUCAAGAUAUUCUACCGUAUGGGUCAGGUAGAUCAAGCGGCAAAAAAUUUGACAUGGAUGCUAUACUACCUUACCUAAUAUUACCAGGACUACUGCUAAUAGCGACCAUAUCCCGCCCGGUCACCAUAACUAUUAUGGUGAUAAUCGGUAUGGGAGCGCUGUAUGUUCAUUCGAGACCGCGACAGAAAAACAGGUCUUCAUUCUUCUUUUCCUGGACCAUGUCAUCUGGAAUAAGUAUGUUUCUGGUGUUUGAAGGUGGUGUGCUGGGAUUCUUUGAGAUAACCCAGCUAGAAAACUUCAUCUUUCUACUGUUAUUGUCAUGUACUUGUUAUUUCUUUUAUAAGAUGAAGGCUGUUGCUGACUUUGAAUUAGCCACUGGAAGCUCUAAGGGAAAGGAAUACAGCCCAGUUUUAACAUCAGACUCACAUUAUUGCCAAAUAUGUCAAAUUGAAGUUAAUGAAAGGUUUUUCCACUCUAUUUGGUGGGAUUGCUGUGUUCUGAGACCAAACUAUAUUUACUUCCUGGCCGGUCAAGUGUUUGCUUUUGCAACACUUUUCUUUGGAACCAAUUUAGGUCUGACAACAGUUUGUCAACCAUAUAUAUUCUAUGGAGUUAUACUCAUGCCACAAGAUUGUGAUGAUGUAUAUUAUGAAUUCAACCUGGCAAUAUGCUUUGUUUGUUGUGUCUAUGGAUUGGGAUAUUUACUGGUCAUCACUCUCGUAUUAAUUCGACAACUCCUUGUAUACAUACCAAAAUAUAGCGAACCACAAUGGAGAAAGUUAGUCAAUGUUUUAAAUGUUUGAAGGAAAUUAUCGAAUCUCGAGAAUAUUUGAAUGGCUUUGGUACAAUGUACUUUGCAAUAUGUUCUAAAUUAAAAGAAUGAAUUGCUGAUUUAGGAAAUAAUGUCCUACGAUAGAGAUUAUUUAUUUGCUUUUAUUUGUACAGCGUUAAAUGCAUAAUAAUCGCGUUAUUAUUAUAUUAUUUCGCUUAGCGUAUAUAAAAUAGGGACAAUUAAAGUUAAAAUUUUGUUGUUUGAAAAGCGCUUUUAUGAAGUAUGCUAGCAGUUUAAUAUAGCCUAAUAUUAUACUGAUAUGAAAUAACUGUUAAAAGUUAACUAAAUUGAAUCGUGUAGAAGUCUAGCCAUCUUGUCAAUUGGCAAUUAAAAUGCCUUUAAUAUUCAUAUAAGUAGACGUUCUAUUUAUUGGAUCAAUAAAAUCAAGUUUUCGUGAGAAGUUGCUGAAAAUUAAUAGGCUCUUAGGAAGUUUAACGUUAUUUAAUAUACCAGCUUGUACAUAACUCGUAAAGUAACAUUUAUGAUAAACCAAAACUAAUCUCUUCAUAUAUUUGGAUUAUUGACAUCCAGGCUUACUCCUGUUUCUUAUACUCAUGAUAAUGAUUCGAAAACAACGCUCGCAAACUGACACCUAAACUCAGUAAAGGCCCGGUGUCAUUAGAGAGAGAUGGAUGACUAAAACAUCAUAAAGUACGUAACCUUUGGUCUUUUCUUUUAUAACCAAACGUUUUUUUUCGCACCAAUGUAAUCUUACGAAUUUUCCGACCUUAUCUUGCCAACAGAUGAUCUAGUGCUAAUGUUUAUUUGAUCUCGUUUAUUGGAUGUAGUCAGGAGGAAGCCUGCUGGGUAGAUACUCCAAUAAACUAAAAGUCAUUUUUACUAGCCGUAUGGGCUAGAGAAAAUUAAUAGUAUUUAUUAACAUUACUGUUAAAAUACUUCUAAGAUUUUUAAUGCACUGCAGAUAUUUUCUAGCACUAUGACUUUUCUAAAGUAAUUAAUUUUAAAGCUAAAAUUAGACAAAAAAUCUGAAUCCGUUAGAAAUCAAUUAUGCAUGAACCAAUUAUAAAAUAAGGACUUUUGAAUUCUUAAAUGAAGUAAACAUUACAACUCAAUCCUACGUAUUUUAAGUGCUUUUUGGCACUUUAGAUUUUGGGGUCAAACCUUUUUAUGUAGUUAGGUAGGAUAGUACUUCUUUAGUACCCACUAAAAUGUACAUAUUCAUAGACUAUUCACGAAGUACCUUUAAUGUUAUACAUUCAAGUUAUUCAAUUUUAAGAAAUAAACACAAAUACAACAAUAA